AUGACCCGUAAGGCCAGGAACAGAAAGAAAUCUUUGUGUGAGAAAUCCAUGCAGGUGGUGGUUAACAUCAUCAAACUAUCAUCUUUUUAUGUUGCAGGUUUGAAUCUGGGAUCAAAUGGUGGAGUGCCUGAGGGAAACAUCGCGGUUCUAAACGCUCCAGUCCAACCCUCAAACGCUUUGCCAUCGUCUCAACAGAGUAUAAGCCAGAGGUUACAAGAGCCAGAGCUCGGGUCCAAAUCUUUCACCUACUUGACAGGAUCAGAUGAAGGAGAGAGAUCUUCCUACAUGGUCUGUGGAACUAACAAUAAUGAUAGCAGGUUUUCUGAUUAUAUCAAGAGGUUUCAUGACGGGAACAUGAAUGAAUUGAACACUGCAAGUACAAAUGGAAAGGUUUCUGAAUAUAUCAGAAGGUUUCAUGAGAAGAACCCGUAUGAUUCAAUGAAAGGAUCCAAAGGAUUGCCAUUCAUUUUGCCACCCCCACCUCCUCAAGCCAAGUAG